GCUCGGGCUCAUCAAGCUCUCAAGUCAAAGUCAUAUAUGUGUUUCUUUUGUUUUUUUGUUUCUUGUGAUUUUCGGAGAGUGUUUGAAGAUCCUUGAAAUUUGAAGCUUUGAAUAGGCAUAGCAAUGGCAGCAGCAUCAGAGCCGCUUUCUCUUCAAGCAGAUGUUUCAAGAGCUUUGGAACUUUUGGAGAAACUUCAAAAGUCUGGUGAGGUGCCCUCGGCCAAGCUGGUCGCCCUGCAGGAGGUGCUGCGGUCCGAGUUUCUGGGUGCUGUUCGAGGCGUUUACGAGCACGUCUACGAGACGGUGGUGAUGCCCGGCUCGCCCGAGACGCGGGCCUCCGCCACCGCGAAGGCUACGGUAGCGGCGUUUGCGGCCUCCGAGGGCCAGGCGCACCCGCGGCUGAUCAGACUCUCCCGCACCGAGCACGGCUUCGGCUUCAACAUCGCCGGCGGCGAGGGCCCGGACGCGCCCGUCCUGGUGAGUCGCGUGCUGGCGAGCGGCGCGGCCGAGCGCCAGGGCGGCCUGCGGCGUGGCGACCAGCUCAUCACGGUGGACGGCCGCCCGGUGGAGGGCGAGACGCACGGCGAGGUGGUGCGUCUGCUGCGAGAGGCCGGCGACCAGGUGACGCUGCUGGUGCGCCACGCGCCCGAGCUGCUCGACGCCCUCGAGCGCCGGCUGGAAAGCGCGCGCGCGGCGGCGGCGCGCGCCUCCGGCCGCUGAGGGGGGAGGAGGCGCGCGCCGCCGGCCGCUGAGAGGGGAGGAAGCGCGCGCCGCCGGCCGCUGAUCGGGGAGGAAGCGCGCGCCGCCGGCCGCUGAGAGGGGAGAGGAACCGGUGGGCGAGCAGUGAGUCGGGCUGGAAUCGCGAUAUUCUCGCGUGGCCCGAAUUCGCGAUGUCCUCCGCAUCUCAGUGGCUUUCUAUUGAUAACGAAAAUAGCCCUUGGAGCUGCUUAAAGUCUCAUAAAUAUUUGUCCUAAGGGUAUUACACGACAUACAUGUCGUGCUUUGUUACCUAGUGCCUUGCUUCUGCUCGUUGAGCUUCGUUUUGUGAGAGCUCCGCAGUCUGUAAAUGUGCCUUGUCUUUGUGAUACCGGCGUGCGUAAUGCGUGUCGCCUUCCAAUGCUGCUUUCCAAAGCCUUCUCGUUGUGAUCGUCAGGGCAUUAUAUGAGAGGGGAAGAAUGUGCCUGGCUAGUUUUGGGGCAGUUUUGCGCCGGGAACAGAUGCCAUUUUUAUCGACCCCCUUUCCAUUUCUUACAGUUUGUUCGACCCACGCGAAAUGUCACCGACAGUUGACAAUAUGCAAAGAUUGAUCUCUUUACUCCUCACUUUUACAACUCUGGUGUAGACCGUAAUCUUGUAUUCUCGGUCAUGAAUGGACUCGACGUUCUUCGUUUUGGCUGACAUAAGGCCUUCGUCACGGCAUGAAACCGGCAUCAGCAAAGGUGUUUUCUGAUAGAUGGCUGUCUUGUUAUAAGGAGAUUUUAAGAUCUUAUGUCUAGAAUUACGCAAAAGCGAUUUCGGCUUCUUAUAUAGCUAUUUGAGUAAUUGCAUCACGGCUGCUCUUUUCAGUUCAGUUGUGAUGUGAAGCUUUUCUUUAUUACAGAGGUCAGAAUACUCGAAUAGCUCAACUACACGUUUUUAAGAUGAAUUCGCAUAGCCCUGUUUGUCCUAUUUUGCUAAGACCUCUGAAAGUGAUUUUUAAAGAUUGUCGAUUCUUGUCAUAUGUGCCAUCAUUACCCUUUUCCAUGUAUCAGUAUUUAUCUGAUUAUGUCUAGCCAUGCAGUAUCAUCAGCAUUACACUAUUGAUCUUCCAGCUCGUGGAUGCGAUAUUUCCCCUGAUCAUCCCAUUUCGUCUUCGUCGUUGAAUGGUUGUGUCAGAUCUCGACUACACCUUCACUAAAUAACUGGCAGUUUAUUAUUGUUUUUUUGCCUGUUGUGUAGAUUCGCUCGGUCGCACGUGCGAGUGGGGCGUGCGAUUGUGGCGAGAUCUUGUAUAGACGGACACCUCGACCCCUGUGUGGUUGUGAACGCGGUUGUUUGAUACUCCUUGUGCUUGCUGCUGUGGCAAGGUCGCUUUACUGCGCCAAUUCAGAAUCUAAAUAUUUGUGCUUGUGUUGUGAGCUUUCUCCGUCGUUUGAGCUGUGCAAAUCUGUGACUUUUACAAAGGACUGUUUGUAACGAGCGCUUCCACUCUAUUUCGCCCUGUGCCUUGUUGUUUUGAAGCUGUCAUUGUGUUGCCAGUUGUUUUUUUUUGUGGUGUGUGGCAAGACUCACCACAUCGCUUUGGACUGUUUUGAUUUAGAGUCAGAUCUAAACUCAGUAGUGAAAUGGUAGUACAAUUUAUGAAUAGUACAAUAAACGUGCUUUUAGAUGGUC